UUUCACUUUUUCUGCAAAAGGCAAACACCGGAAAGAACACCACAGUCAUGAGGGCCUUCAUCACCAUUGCGCUUUUGUCGGCGGCUUCUCUGGCCUACGCUGCAUCUGGGACUGCAAAAGUAGACCUCAACCUCAAUGGAGCCGGCCUCGGCGGAGCCGGCCUCGGCGGAGCCAGCCUCGGCGGAGCCGGCCUCAGCGGAGCCGGCCUCAGCGGAGCCGGCCUCGGACUUCCAAGCCUUGGCGGAAGUAGCUCAGUGGGAGGCAGCAUCGCAGGCGGCUUGACCUCAUCUGCCCUACCUGGACUCUCAGGGUCAUCUAGCAGUGCCAGUUCUCCAGUCUCUGGUAGACUUGGUGCUAGACCUGCUGGUGGUGUCUCCGGAUAUUUCCCAGGAGGAGUUGGUGGUUUCGGAUACGGUUUCCCAGGAAGCUACGGCGGAUACUAUUAUCCUGGACAUUACGGAUACCAGAUGCCCUACUGGGGUGGCGACUAUGGCUUUGGUGACUAUGGCUUUGGAGGUUUCGACGGCUUCUACGGACCAAGCUUCGGCUACUAUGGCCCCUCAACCUGGGGCUGGGGUGUCCAAGGAAACGGUGUAGCUGGAUUUGGACAAAGAGGCGCCCGUUCUGGUGCACGGCAGUCCCGUGUCGCUACUAGUGCAUCUUCAGCAAGGUCUGCCGCCAGUUCCAGCAGCCAGUAAGCAGUGAGUGCCAUCAUAACUCUUGUUGCUGAUGUCGACGUGACUAAUAGUGUGUCCCUGGCCUUUUCAAAAAUGAAGUAAAAAAUGGAGCCACGACAGCAAACCAACACAAUUCGGCACUAUUUUGGUAACUUAUAAGGAAACAAUAAAGCAAUGGAUUCUAGUGCAACUAAA